AUGCCUUGUCAUGGAAAUACAAUUGUGAGAAUUAGUCAGGUUUGGCAAACUUGUAAUGAUGAUUUGAAGUUGGUUGCUAUAUGGGCAGUUGGUGUUUUUCCUGUCGAGAGUGAUAGAUGUGAGUUAGAUCUGUCUUUAUUCAUUCCAACGGAUAAUGAAGAUAGGGAUCCUAAUUCACAGUUGAUUUUCGAAUUAAAUAAGUAUUAUUGUGUUAGUGGAAAAGUU